AUGUCUCCAAAUAUUCGAUCAGAGCGACUGGCCAAGUAUUUUGGAGCGGUUGUCCAUGGAAAGCAAUCAGUCCAGGAUCCGAGCAAUUUCAAGCGAUUUAUUGAAGCAAUUUUGGACCAGAGCGAUCGCAGUAAUGUUGUUCAGCGAAUCAUCUCAAGCCAAAGCGCUCUAAACGCCUUGAGAAAUGGUCUGAGGUUCAACCUCACCCCGGUCUUCAUCAACGGGUACACCGCCAACUUGAUUCAGUACUUGAACAAUCGCGACGUCAAACUCCUUUGCAACGGUCAAUUUCUCGAGCAGCUUCUUCUGAUUAUUUUGGAGCCCCGUACCCUCUGGGGCGCAUUUUUGGAGGCGUUCCGCACUCGAAGGCUGGAAGAACAUGCGAUCCAGGCUCUAUGCUGGUUGAUGACGGAGUUGCUUUCAUUGCCUACCUCUUAUGGGGUGGAUGUUCGAGCGGAUGCUCAGACUGUUUUGAACGAUGGAUCGCUGCUCUCUUCACCCUUGGCGGAAAUGCGAAACUGGAGUCACAAAAUCAAAUAUUGCCUGGAGAUGAAAUCAUCUGCAGCCACCGUCCAGGACUCCGAGAUUACUGCAGGUGGUCGGCAUGAUAAUGAUUUUGCCGAUUUUCGUUUGACAGCCAUCUUUCCUACGGCCGAUGAGAUGGGAUGUACGGAGAAGCCGUUUUAUCGCCGUGCUGAAGAUAUCGCGCUGUUGCCUAAUGACCAACGCAUUGCCGGCCAUGUUGACAAUCAGUUUCGUCUUUUACGAGAAGACAUGCUCUCAGAGCUCCGUGAUGAUUUUCAAGUUACCAACGGCAAAAAGAAAGGGCGACGGUCGGCUUUACACUUGAAGAAUCUCUUUCUCGCUCAAAUCCGUUGCACUUCUGGUGGUACCCCAAGCCGUCUUCGACCAUGCACCAUUGGUGUUACUGCUCAGCAUGGCCUUGGAAAACUCAAAGACCUCCCAAAAGAUGGUCGCAAAAAAUUCCUUCAGAAUACGCCUCAGUUUGUCAAGCAUCGUGCUUUUGGCUGCUUGAUUCGAGAUACAGAACUCGUGGCUUUUGCUACAAUUGAAAGAGACAUCGAUGAACUGGUAUCUGACCCCCCUGUGGUCAUGCUGCGUAUUUCAGGAGAAGAGGCCCUUAAAAAGUCUCUGCUUUACCUAAAGCUUUACCACGAUGUAGAGUUCUUGCUUGUUGACACAGCAAUGUUUGCAUAUGAGCCAGUUUUGAAAUGCUUGCAGGAGAGGAUAGAACUUCCUCUCACAGAAGAGCUGUUCCUUUACGAAAAAGACCAGCCAGUGCAGGAGUCAAGUCUAGCUCCUUGGGAUGUGGUUAGCAAGUUGAAGAAAGAAUACGGAUGUAAUAUCCAGCGCAUCCUUAAAACCUCAACUCCCGUGACACUGGACUCUUCCCAGCUAGAUUCUCUGCUGGCUGGAUUGACACAGAGAGUAAGCCUUAUUCAAGGACCACCAGGUACCGGCAAGUCAUUCAUAGGCGCCCUUCUCGCAAAGGCCCUGCAUGGCAACACCAAAGACAAAAUCCUGGUUAUGUGCUACACGAACCAUGCCUUGGACCAGUUUCUGGAAGAAUUGCUAGACAUUGGUAUCGAUGCCUCGGCCAUGGUAAGACUGGGAUCCAAGUCGACAGGGCGGACUGAGCAACUUGGAUUGUAUAAGCAGCAUUCGUCCUACAGGAGGGAUGCUAACACUUGGAACACCAUCAACUCACUCGAAGCGGAUGGGGAUAACCAAAAGACCGCUCUGAAUGAUUCUUUCGAAGCUUACAAGAAUCUCGCAGCUAAUGCUGCAUCCAUCUUGGAUUAUCUGGAGUUCGAAGAACCAGAGUACUUUGAAGCUCUGACUGUACCACAGGAUGAAAACGACAUGACGAUGGUCAUACAGGGUGGAAAAGCAGCCAGAAAAGAGUACCUUUAUGGGCGAUGGAUCAACAACCAGAAUGCAGGAGUGUAUACUGAUCUUCUGCCCCGUAAUUCCCGCGACAUCUGGGAACUGGAUAUAAAAAUACGAGAGGAGAAAGACAGGUCCUGGAAAAGAGCUCUGCUGAGUGAACAGGCGGAGUCUUUGGGCGUCAGAAUAGCAUUGUUCGACAAAUGCCAAAGCCGACUGAGCGCUACCCUGGGUGAGAAAAACAGGGAGAUUUUGAAAUCAAAGCGAAUCAUCGGCUGCACCACUACAGCCGCAGCAAUGUAUUCUGAGGACAUUCGACAUGCUUCCCCUGGCAUCGUGCUACUCGAAGAAGCGGGCGAGAUUCUUGAAUCCCACGUCCUUACAGCAAUGACACCGGAGACGAAACAUUUGAUCUUGAUCGGAGAUCAUCAACAAUUACGACCGAAGAUCAACAGUUACAGCUUGAGCACAGAGAAAGGGGAUGGAUAUGACCUGAACGUAUCCCUUUUCGAGAGACUCAUACAUGCCGGGUUUCCACAUACGACGUUGAACAAACAGCAUCGGAUGUGUCCUGAGAUCUCAAGUCUUGUACGCAAUCUCACAUAUCCCGGGCUGGAAGACGAUAAGAAGACAAAAAACCGCCCUCGGCCACGAGGCCUGUGCGACAGAGUGAUAUUUUUCCAUCAUCAAAAUGCCGAAGACAUGUUUAACGAGGUCUCUGACCGUCGUGAUGAGAACUCAAAGGGGAGUAAGAAAAAUGUAUUCGAGGCAGAAAUCGUCCUCAAGAUCGUGAAGUAUCUCGGACAGCAGGGGUAUGGAACAGACAAGUUGGUUGUUUUGACUCCGUAUUUGGGUCAGCUGAGUCUACUGAGGGAUACUCUGAGCAAACAGAACGAUCCAGUUCUGAAUGAUCUCGAUUCCCACGACCUUGUCAAAGCAGGGCUGCUGUCGCAUGCUGGUGCUUCCCACAACAAGCGUCCAAUCAAGUUGUCUACAGUUGACAAUUUCCAAGGAGAAGAGAGUGAAAUCGUUAUAGCUUCGCUUACUCGCAGUAACGAAUCCGGCGACAUAGGAUUCAUGGCAGCCCCCGAGCGCCUGAACGUCCUUCUUUCCCGGGCCCGGAAUGUCCUCAUUCUAGUGGGAAACUCGAAAACAUUUGUCUCUAGUCGAAAGGGUCGGAAGUACUGGAAGCCAUUCAUUGACCAACUGAAGGAAGACGGACAUCUAUAUGAUGGACUGCCAGUUCAGUGCGAGCAACAUCCUCAGACAAAUGCUAUUCUCCGAACAGUGGAGGAUUUCAAUAGAGAAUGCCCAGAUGGAGGAUGUUCUGCCCCUUGCGGCGUGAAACUGAGUUGCGGACUACACGAUUGCCCGUCAAAAUGCCACCAGCUUACCGACCACUCAAAAAUGAAGUGCACGAAAAUCGUGGCGUGGAAAUGUCCGCGAGGCCAUUGCCUAUCUGUGUCAUGUUCCCAGGCCAAACGUUCAUGUCGUUUCUGCAUCCUGGAAGACCAGGUCAAAGAGCGCAAGCGCAAACGCGAUCUCGAGUUGGAGGCAGAACGACAGAGAAAGCAAAACGAGUACGCCCAGCAGCUUUUAGAGGCUCAGGAGGAGGCAGCUCAUCUCAGACGUGUGCAACGCGAUGUAUACGAUGAGGCAGAGCGCGCGAGGGUUCUCGAACAAACCCGUCAGGAAAUCGAAGAUUUGAGGAAUCCCCCCAAGCUGGCACCUCUUCAAUCUCCAGCUCCUCUAGCCCCGUCUCAAUCUCCGUAUCAAUCUUUAUCUCAAUCUCCAUGUCUUAUACAGAACCUAACCUCUGGAGCGGCAACAAGCACAAUCUCAAACAUCACAGCCACAGGCACGGAUUCCAGCAAGACAACCACUCCCACCCGCAGUGUCGAACCUACAAGUCGACAGACAAUGCCACCGCCAAAACGAUCAGCGGCCAAAACAAACUGGGACCACCAAAAGGAAUUCUUCAAUGCCCAAAGCCAGGAGAUCGACAAGCUGAUCGACAUGAUCGGACUCGAAUCCGUGAAAGAAAAGUUCCUGUCCAGCAAAGCGCAAGUGGACGUUGCCGUCAGACAAAACGUCGAUCUGAGCAGCUAUCGAUAUGGAUCCGUAUUGCUCGGGAAUCCCGGUACGGGAAAGACAACCGUUGCCCGUCUGUACGCAAAGUUCCUAUCAUCUAUGGGAAUCAUCCCCGGCGACAAAUUCAUCGAGACAACCGGGUCCAGACUCGCGAGCGACGGUGUGAAAGACUGUCAAAAGAUCAUCGAGAAUCUCCUGAAAGACGGCGGCGGAGCCAUCUUCAUCGAUGAAGCAUACCAGCUCGUCGGCGAUGGUUACGGCGGUAAACAGGUUCUAGACUUCCUCUUGGCUGAGGUUGAAAACCUCACGGGGAAAAUCGUCUUCAUUCUUGCCGGAUAUCAACGGCAGAUGGAGAAGUUCUUCGCGCACAACCCAGGUCUUCCGAGUCGUUUCCCGCAUGAGCUUAGGUUCGAGGAUUUCGACGACACGGAGCUGAUGCAGAUUCUGGUCGGAUGCAUUGAGAAGACGUACAAGAAGCAGAUGAAAGUCGAAGAUAACCUCGGAGGACUUUACUGUCGUAUUGUGGCUCGUCGAAUUGGGAGGGGCCGUGGUCGUGAGGGCUUUGCCAAUGCUAGAGCCGUUGAGAAUGCCAUGGCUAAGAUCUCUAAGCGGCAGGCUGCACGGUUGAACCAGGAAAGACAACAGGGUAGCGGCGGCAAGAUUGAUGAUUUCUUCCUGAGUAAGGAGGACAUGAUCGGUCCUAAUCCAUCGCAGGCUUUGCAAUCAUCCGCUGCUUGGAAAAAGCUGCAGACUAUGAUUGGGUUGGAUGCUGUGAAGAAGACGGUGCAGGCUAUUCUGGACACCAUGCGAUAUAACUACCAGCGCGAGCUGGAUGAGAAGCCUCUAGUUGAGUACGGUCUCAAUAAAGUUUUCUUAGGAAAUCCUGGAACGGGCAAGACUUCUAUCGCAAAGAUCUACGGUCAAAUACUUGUGGAUAUCGGGUUUUUGUCCAAUGGCGAAGUGGUGGUGAAAAACCCCUCAGACUUCGUCGGCGCCGUAAUCGGCGAAUCCGAAAAGAACACCAAAGGAAUCCUCGCAUCAACACUGGGAAAAGUCCUAGUCAUCGACGAAGCCUACGGACUAUUCGCCGGAGGCACCUCAGACGGCACAGGUUCCAAGAGCGACAUGUUCCGAGCCGCCGUGAUAGACACCAUUGUAGCCGAAGUUCAAAGCACACCCGGCGAAGACAGAUGUGUCCUGCUCCUGGGCUACACAGACCGCAUGGAAGAGAUGUUCCAGAAAGUCAACCCCGGCCUCAGCCGACGCUUCCCAAUGGACCAAGCAUUCGUCUUCGAAGACUUCACCUCAGGCGAACUGGAUUCGAUACUGGAUCUGAAGCUCAAAGAGCAAGGAUUCGGCAUAACUGACCGUAGCCGCCGCGUGAUAUUGGAGAUGCUCGAGCGGUCUCGGAACCGUGCGAAUUUUGGAAAUGCAGGCGAGAUCGAUAACUUGCUCAACACGGCUAAGAUGCGGUACCAGAAGCGUCUCUCUUCUGCUACACGACCUAGCUCUGUUCCGGAUUCGGUUCUUGAUGCUCCUGACUUUGAUGAGGACUUUGAUCGCGCGGAUAGGGAGGAAAGCGUUGCGAAGAUGUUUGAGGGAGUCAUAGGAUGUGACGGUAUCGUUGCUAAGCUGGAAGGGUAUCGGCAAAUGGUUCAGAGUCUCAGACGACUAGACUUGGAUCCCCGUUCGCAAUUGCCGUUUAAUUUUGUUUUCCGUGGGCCUCCAGGUACUGGAAAGACAAGCACGGCUAGAAAAAUGGGUCAAGUCUACUAUGAUCUGAGCCUGUUGGCUUCGAACGAAGUGAUCGAAACCUCAGCUACCGACUUGGUGGGCCAAUAUAUAGGCCAUACAGGCCCGAAGACUCAACAAGUCCUAGAACGUGGCCUUGGGAAAGUAUUAUUCAUCGAUGAAGCCUAUCGGCUCGCCGAGGGACAAUUCGCCAAAGAAGCCAUGGACGAGAUUGUGGAUGCCAUUACCAAGCCCAAGUUUGCCCAAAAGCUGAUCAUCAUUCUAGCCGGCUAUGAUAAAGACAUCAACCAGCUGAUGUCAGUAAAUCCGGGGCUCACCAGUCGUUUCCCAGAAUCUAUUCAAUUCGACCCUUUGUCCUCAACAGACUGUAUCAAGUUAAUGUAUGAGCUCUUGUUGAAAGAAAAGAAAGAACUCUCAAGCAAAUCCCAAGCUCAAUUCGACCUGGUCUGCUUGGAGAGUCCAGACUUCGAGUUUCAGAAUGGAAUAUCGGAGCGCUUUGAUAAACUAUCAGAGAGUGCAGGUUGGGCAAAUGCACGAGACGUUGGAACGGUCACGAAGACAAUCUUUGGCAAAACUCUUCAGUCGGCCAGCGGGAAGCGACUAGUGCUGAGCCAGGACACGGUGCUCGAUGCUCUUGAUUCAAUGAUCAACGAGCGAUCCAGCCGGGAUGUCUACCCGCAAAAACCCCCGUCCCCUAUAAUGAAAGCGAGAGCGCAGACAGACCUGGCCAUACGCACUAAGCCUUCGAGCAAUUCCGCUACCAAAGUAGAUACUCAAGCCCCAGUCAACGGGGACAUAGCCUCACCGACGGAGCCAGACACAGCCGAGCCUGAAACAGACAAACCCGCCACCACAAAGCGAGAUGACGGCGUUACAGACGAAGUGUGGGCUCAACUCGAAAAGAAAAAAGCUCUGGCAGAAGCCAAAGAGAAAGAAUACUUGAGUUUGAAAGCGGAAGAGGAAGAGAAAGAGAGGAAGGUAUUGGAGUUGAGGGCAGCGGAAGAGAAGGCAGCACGGGAGCUGGAAGAGGCAAAGAGGAGAGCAGAUGAAGAGGCGGAAAGACGCCUUGAGCAAGCCCGGAUACAGCAUGAAUUGGAGCGCAGGAGGCAGGAAGAGAUCUUGGAGGCCAUCCGCAAGCAGCGAGAGGCUUUGGCUGAGGCGCGUCGAAAGGAACAGGCUGUUCAGGCGAAGUUGAGGACUAUGGGGGUCUGUGUCGCUGGCUUUCAAUGGAUUAAACAAAGCGGCGGAUAUCGAUGUGCUGGUGGUAGUCAUUGGGUGUCAGAUGCUCAGCUUGGAAUUUCCUGA